AAAAAUUUCCCGCCAUCCUUAACAGACUUCGUCGAGUUGAAACUACUUACGACUGCUACUGCUCAAAUUUCUUUUAGACUAACAUUUCUAUAACGAAUUGAGAAAACUAAAUUUAUUUCAGAAAAAUAGUGAUGGCUAGACGUGAUUAUGAAAAAGAUGCUGAAAUCAUACAAACUUUCCUUAAAGAGUUUCAUAAAGAAGAUAGCAAGGGAAAUAAAAUUUUCAAGUAUGCUGAACAGUUAACGAAAUUGGCACAUCGAGAAAAAACAGCUAUUUAUGUGGAGCUAGAUGAUAUUAAUGAUUUUGAUGAAGACCUUGGAUCUGCCAUAAAAAAUAACACAAGGAGAUAUUGCAACCUAUUCUCUGAUAUCAUAUAUAACAUUUUACCAGAAUUUGUGCAUCAACAAGUGGUUGCAAAAGAUGCCUUAGAUGUUUAUAUUGAGCAUCGUUUAAUGAUGGAACAACGUUUGAGACAGCCCAAUGAACAUAAAGACCCUAGAAAUAAAUUUCCCCCAGAACUUAUGAGGAGAUUUGAAUUAUAUUUUAAAGAUUCAAGCCUAAGUAAAAUAUUGCCUAUUAGGGAAGUUAAGGCAGAAAAUAUUGGUAAAUUAGUGACUGUACGUGGAAUUGUAACACGUAGUACAGAGGUAAAACCUAUGAUUUCUGUUGCUACUUAUACUUGUGACCAGUGUGGUGCUGAAACAUAUCAGCCCAUAGCUUCUAUGAGCUUUAUGCCCAUAAUCUUAUGUCCUAGUGAAGACUGUAAAGUGAAUAAAUCAGGAGGAAGACUCUAUCUUCAAACUAGAGGAUCGAAAUUUGUUAAGUUUCAAGAGCUCAAAAUUCAAGAACAUAGUGAUCAAGUACCGAUAGGUCACAUUCCUAGAACUCUGUCUAUUUUCUGCAGAGGUGAAAAUACACGACAAUCACUACCUGGGGAUCAUGUUGCUAUUAGUGGAAUUUUCUUGCCUAUAGCAAGGGCAGGUUAUAAACAGAUAGUUGGUGGUCUAGUAUCGGAAACUUACCUUGAAGCACAUCAUGUAGUUUCGCUGAAUAAAGCAGCUGAAGAUGAAGAUGCUUCGAAUAGGUUAACUCGGGAAGAACUAGAAGCUCUAACUGAUUCUGAUUUUUACACUAAAUUGGCUACAUCUUUGGCACCUGAAAUUUAUGGUCACCUGGAUGUAAAGAAAGCUCUCUUACUUCUAUUGGUUGGAGGUGUUGACAAGAAUUCCGAUGGUAUGAAGAUCAGAGGAAACAUAAAUAUUUGUCUUAUGGGAGAUCCGGGGGUUGCCAAAUCACAACUUUUGAAUUAUAUUGAUCGAUUGGCGCCAAGAAGUCAGUAUACAACUGGAAGAGGAUCAUCUGGAGUUGGUCUAACAGCAGCUGUUAUGAAAGACCCUUUGACUGGAGAAAUGAUGUUAGAAGGAGGAGCUCUUGUUCUUGCAGAUAAAGGUGUCUGCUGCAUAGAUGAGUUUGACAAAAUGGCAGAUUGUGACCGAACUGCUAUUCACGAAGUCAUGGAACAACAAACUAUAAGCAUAGCAAAGGCUGGUAUUAUGACAACACUCAAUGCGAGAGUAUCCAUCUUGGCUGCCGCUAAUCCGGCCUAUGGACGUUAUAACCCAAAAAGAACUGUGGAACAGAAUAUUCAGCUACCUGCUGCCCUUCUUUCGCGUUUUGAUCUUUUGUGGCUCAUUCAAGACAAGGCUAAUCGUGAAAAUGAUUUAAAGUUAGCUGAACAUAUAACAUAUGUUCAUCAACACAACAAACAGCCAGAAAUGGAAGUGGAUGCUUUGGAUAUGACUCUUAUGAGAAAGUACAUAGCUUUGUGCAAAUUGAAACAGCCAGCUAUUCCAGAAUCUCUUACAGAUUAUUUAGUUGCUGCCUAUGUUGAUCUUAGAAAAGAAGCCAGAAAUUCUAGAGAUAUGACAUUCACAUCUGCCAGAAAUCUUCUUGGAAUUCUUCGUUUAUCCACUGCUCUUGCUAGAUUACGUCUUUCAGAUAUUGUAGAAAAAGAUGAUGUGAAGGAAGCCAUUCGUCUAAUGGAAAUGAGUAAAGACUCCCUCAAUCAAACCUUUGAGCACAAAGGAUUUAGGCCACCAAGCGUGAAUGAGAAAAUAUUCUCAAUAAUAAGAGAAUUAGCAGGUGAAAGUAAUACUGUUAAAAUUAGCGAUAUCAUGGAGAAAUGUGUUAGUAGGGGCUACUCUGAUCAACAAAUAGAAACUUGUAUUGAUGAGUAUGAAGAACUGAAUGUUUGGCAGGUGAACCAGUCAAAAACUAAAAUCACAUUCAUUUAAUUUUUAUUGUUUUUUUUAUUUCUACAUCACUAGAGUAGUAUUUAGGCAGGAGCUAAUUAUUGUAUUCACAUUUUGAAUAAAUAUUUGCAUAAAU